GAUUUUAUGAACAAAGAGGCACCCCCAAAUUAUGUGGCUGGCCUUGGUAGAGGUGCAACUGGAUUCACAACACGUUCUGAUAUCGGACCUGCGCGUGAAGGCCCCGCAGAUUUCAGCGAUGCGUUACAAAAGAAAGCACAAGACGACGAUGACGACGAUGAACGCUUUCAAGAUCCAGACAAUGAAACUGGUCUUUUCGCAUCUGCACCUUAUGAGGAGGAUGACGAAGAGGCAGAUAAGAUAUACGAAGCAAUUGAUCAAAAAAUGGAUGAACGACGGAAAGCUAGAAGGGAGGCUCGUGAGAAAGAAGAACUAGAGAAAUAUCGAGCAGAAAGACCAAAAAUUCAACAACAAUUCGCCGACUUGAAGCGUGGUCUGGCCGUUGUUACAGACGACGAAUGGGCAAAUCUCCCUGAUGUUGGAGAUCUUGUAGGCAAAAAUCGCAAAAAAAUGAAUUUACGUGAGAGAUAUUACGCGGUUCCAGACUCACUCCUUGAAAAGGCUAGAGAAGAGAAUCAAUAUGUUAAUAAAUUGGAUGCGCAACAACAGGCAAGAUUUAUUAAAUAUGGCGGGUUUCAAACACCAUCUUUGGAUACUGGGAUGAUGACGAAUUUUAUAGAAAUUGGUCAAGCUAGAGAUAAGGUGUUAAGUUUGAAGCUGGAUCAGAUAUCAGAUUCAGUGAGUGGUCAGACUACAGUAGAUCCAAAAGGCUAUUUGACGGACUUGAACAGUGUUGUCAUUAAAAGUGAUGCGGAAAUAGGGUAUGUUUCAAUAUUAAUGUUUUAUACGAAGUUUCAUGUAAUAUCUAAUUAA